AUGGGACCCCUCAGUCUCUGGGGGUCCCCCAGACCCCUGCGGGGCUCUGUGCCCCCCCUGCACGGCCCCAUCGCCCCUUCAGCGCCUCCGGGUGAGAGGGGGACCCCGGUCCUGGGGGGGCCCAGCCCCGAGCCUGGGGGGCCGCGGGCAUCCGGGGCGGGGUGGGGGCACGAGGGCGGCCGCGGCACUUCCUGCCCCCGGAAAGGGGAAGUGACACAAGGGACCCGGCCGUUCAGGGGGGACCCCAAGAGCUCGGGGGGCCCCGAGAGGUUGGGGGGGACGCGGGAGCUCCGGCAGCCCCCGUUUGGGGGGGCCGCAGGUGACCCCCUGCCUCCCCAGCCCCCCCUGUACCAGGACGCCGUCGCCCGCCGGGCCCUGCGGCCCACCCUGCUCAGGAGCGUUUCGGUGCCGGCCGAGCCCCCCGCGCCCCCCGCCAUGGAUGUCACCUACGCCGUGGUCAACAAGCCCCGCCGGGGGGGCGGGGCCGCGGGGAGAGGCCCCUCCCCUUUGGGAAGAGACCACGCCCCCUUUGGACGAGACUCCGCCCCCUCGGGCACGUGCUCGCUGCCGGGCAGCCCCGUGCGCCGCCCCUCCCCCAGCCCGGCAGGCUCCCCCAGACCCACGGACGGCGCCUACGAGGUCGUGACGCCCCCCACUGACACUGGCAGCGGCCCCUGCCUGGGGUUUAACUUCCGCAUCGGGAAGCCCAAGGGCCCGCGGGACCCCCCGGCCGAGUGGUCCCGGGUGUGAGGGGGGGUCUGGAUCCCUGGGCCCCCCCCACAGAGGAGGGGCCGCAGCAGAACCCGUCUGAACCUUACAGCACCCAAUAUAGA